CGCCCCCUGGAGGAACAAACCUUUAAGUGUAAGAGCAAACAAACAGCCAGCAGCAUCGAGACAUCUGCUGACAAGGGACACGGAAGUCUGGUAAAUAUUGACACGUGAACGUAAUAGCGAUUUAAACGCAGAUCCAUUCAUAUUUUUCCCUAUGUUUUCAGGUAUGAGAUAUGGAGUGUAAGCUGGCUGAGUUUAGAGAACGAAAGAAAGCACAGACCGCAGCCGAGAAACCUGCUGAUCGUGUGAUCCAGAGAGAAACGAGAGCAAGAAGCGAUGGUUCUCCAGAUCAGAAGCCCGAUACCUGUCCACACACUGAGGAUCCCAGUCAUUAUUUGUUGAACACUACAUGUGUUCGUUGGCUUCAGCGAGUGGCCCUCACCCGUCUGACCCUGCUCAAAGUGCUGCUGUGGCUCGUGCUGCUGGGACUGUUUUCAGAACUUGAGUUCGGCCUGCCCUUUUUUGUUAUAUCAUUAUUCUACUGGCUCUAUGAGGGCCUUCGAAGCCCAAAAGCCCGACAACCUGGAGAAAUGAGUGCGUACUCCGUGUUUAAUCCAGAUUGUCAGCCCAUCCUGGGAACUUUAACAGCCGAACAGCUGGAAGGAGAGAUGGGAUACAGGCCAGCGGCCAAUGGAUGAACAUGUGUGACAUGAAGCAAACUUUGCAACAAGGAAAACAGUCUAAAUAUAGAUCUGUAAAGUGCACUUGGAAAACUUGUUUGCAUUAUAUUAAUGUAUCUUAGUAAUGAUCAGUUAACCUGUAUUCAGAUGUAAUAAAAUUAUGUUGUUGAUA